GUGACAAUCCCGCAGGCAGGAGCACAUGAGGCGUUCGUCAUUCAACAUCGAUUCAUCGUCCGCACUCAAUUCGCCCGCAUCCAUUUCCAUUCCUCCUCACAUCGAACUCUCCCUCAACAACACCGACCAUCGAUCUAUCCAUCUGACCUAUCUAAAGGCACAGGAUAUCAAUCAAUAAACCCACCUUUUUUCUCAGAACCUCUCACGACAUCUCCAGAUUGACUGGUGUAGCGGGGCAAGAUGAAGCUGUCUUUCAGAGACCUUAAGCAACAGAAGUUCACCAUCGAUGCCGAGCCUACGGAUACGAUCGCGCAGGUGAAGGAGAAAGUGGCAGCCGAAAAAGGAUGGGAUGCAUCUACUCAGAAACUCAUCUAUUCUGGUAAGGUUCUCGCUGACGCCAAUACGGUCGAAUCGUACAAGAUCGAAGAGAAGGGUUUCAUUGUGUGUAUGAUCAGCAAGCCCAAACCUGCUCCGGCUGCGAAGGCAGCAGCGGCUGGUCCAUCAACGCCUGCUCCAGCAGAUACUGCUUCUACUCCUGCUCCACCACCCGCCCCUCAGCCUGCCCAGUCCUCCACUACAGCGAAUGCACCUUCCACGCCCACCCCUGCUCAAGCAACUGCCGCGACCACCGAGGGACAAGGCGGAGCCGGAUGGAAUGAUCCAUCUGCAUUCCUCAUUGGCAAUCGCAAUGAGGCCACUGUCCGCGAGAUGGAGGCAAUGGGCUUCGCCAAACCCGAGAUCGAGCGAGCGCUUCGUGCUGCGUUCUUCAACCCCGACAGAGCAAUUGAAUAUCUCUUGAGUGGAAUUCCCGAAUCUGUCCUCCAAGAACAGAGAGAGCGACAGCAACAGCAACAACAGCCUCCUCAGGGUACAGCUCCUGUCUCGCCACCUGCCGCAAAUCCAGCUCAGCCAGCAACCUCCGAUGAUAAUGUCAACCUCUUUGAAGCUGCUGCGCAGGCUGGUCAACAAACCCGCGGUGGUGCCGGUGGCCGUGGAGCUGCUGCCGGUCUUGGUGCUGGUGCUGGAGCGGGUGCAGGCGCAACACAAAACAUUGAUUUCCUCAGAAAUAGCCCGCAUUUCCAACAGCUCCGUCAACUCGUCCAACAACAGCCUGCCAUGCUCGAACCCAUCCUGCAACAGGUCGCCGAAGGCAAUCCCCAACUUGCGCAAAUGAUCGGGCAGAACCAAGAGCAAUUCUUGCAGUUGCUCGCCGAGGACAUUGGAGGCGAUGCAAUUGGCGGCCUCGGCGAUACCGGUCCGCUUCCCCCUGGAGCGACUGCCGUUAGUGUGACAGUGGAAGAGAGUGAGGCUAUUGAACGUCUGUGUCGACUUGGGUUUUCUCGUGACCAGGUCGUACAGGCAUAUAUCGCUUGCGACAGAAAUGAAGAACUCGCGGCCAACUUUCUUUUCGAUCAACCUGACGAUGACGAGCAAUGAGAAAUAUGAGCGAAGGCGAAACUACAUGGUUAGGGUACAUCCUGAUUUGCACUACUAAGAAUAUUCAACAUUGGGUGCACAUUAAAGCAGUCGCUAUUUACCAGGCCGCCGGGUUUUCCAACGGCAGUCUGCGAAUCAUCUGAUGGAGGAUAUGCGUCAGGCUUGGGGCUAAGGUCGAUAAGACACUGGUGUCAUAUUCUUUCCCAUUCAGAUCAAAUCGAAGCUGUUCGUGUUUUCCAAAGUCCCAAUUUACUGUAGUCCACCCGAUGCUAGACUGCUGCCAAGUGCAUAAUCAAGUCAGCACCAGUCGUAGGACGAUGGUGUAGCCCAAAUUGACAGGAAUGAGUGACAUGAGCUGCC